GUGAGGCUGCAGAAUCUGUGGAGAGCCAGGGGUCGUUUUUACGCACGGAAGUCUCUCCUUACAGAUCAAACAUUUGUUAUAGAUUGCCUGGGCUCUGCUUACUUUCACCACACACACACUUAAACCCUCAGGAGCCCGCGAGCACCGGAGGGUCAUGGCUUGGUGAGGAGAAGCGCGUAUCGAAACUGGCUGUGCUCGUCGCCGCGUCCGUGCGCCAGGCUCUCUGCUCGCGCAGCUCUCUCCGCGCUCGUGCCCGGGCUGAAGAUGGGAUUAUUUGACGCGUUCCGGGAUGUGGGGCUGCUCGCGUGGCUGCGGGAGGGCAGGCAGUCCCGCAGACUCAUCCUCCUCAUCGUCUUUAUUGCGCUGCUGCUGGACAAUAUGUUGUUGACGGUGGUGGUCCCUAUCAUUCCCAGCUAUCUGUACACUGUGGAUGAUGCAGCAUCCAAUGCAGUGAGGAAAAAUUCCUCCAGCUCCCCUUCCGGCACCUUCCAGACCAUUGUAUCUCUGUAUGAUAACACUACACGCUUGACCAACAUCAGCCCGCAGUUCAACACUCCCACCAUGCCCCCCACCACGACAGUCACCUCCGCACCCAAUGCCUCUAACUGUCCCAAAGCGGAUGACCAGCUUCUGAAUGAGAAUGUGAAGGUGGGGCUCUUGUUUGCCUCGAAGGCCACCGUCCAGCUCAUUACCAACCCCUUCAUAGGACCCCUAACCAACAGAAUAGGCUACCAGAUCCCCAUGUUUGCUGGUUUCUGCAUCAUGUUUCUCUCCACAAUCAUGUUUGCCUUCUCCUCGAGUUACACGCUGCUGUUUUUGGCUCGGUCAAUGCAGGGCGUUGGAUCCUCCUGCUCUUCUGUGGCAGGUAUGGGGAUGCUGGCGAGUGUGUAUACAGAUGAUGAAGAAAGAGGAAACGCUAUUGGAAUUGCACUGGGUGGACUUGCUAUGGGAGUGUUGGUGGGGCCUCCGUUCGGCAGUGUAAUGUAUGAGUUUGUGGGGAAGACGGCACCGUUCCUGAUCCUGGCAGUUCUGGCAGUAUUGGAUGGAGCUCUGCAGCUAUUUGUACUUCAGCCUUCAAAGGUGGAGCCAGAGAGUCAAAAGGGAACAUCUCUUAUGACCCUCAUGAAAGACCCUUACAUCCUUAUUGCUGCAGGCUCUAUAUGUUUCGCUAACAUGGCCAUCGCAAUGCUGGAGCCUGCCCUGCCCAUCUGGAUGAUGGAGACAAUGUGUGCCAGAAAGUGGCAACUAGGUGUGGCGUUCCUUCCUGCCAGUGUCUCAUACCUGAUUGGAACGAACAUCUUUGCAGUGCUGGCGAAUAAGAUGGGAAGAUGGCUGUGUGCUCUUAUAGGAAUGCUGCUGGUUGGCAUCAGUAUUCUCUGUGUGCCUUUCGCAAAGGACAUCUACGGACUCAUACUGCCAAACUUUGGGGUUGGUUUUGCAAUUGGCAUGGUGGACUCCUCCAUGAUGCCAAUCAUGGGGUACCUGGUGGAUCUGCGUCACAUCUCUGUGUAUGGAAGUGUGUAUGCGAUCGCUGAUGUGGCCUUCUGCAUGGGCUUUGCAUUUGGGCCCUCGGCUGGUGGAGCUAUAGCACGCAGCAUUGGGUUUCCCUGGUUAAUGACCAUCAUUGGCAUAGUGGACAUCCUAUUUGCACCACUUUGUUUCUUCCUCCGCAGUCCACCUGCUAAUGAGGAGAAAAUGGCCAUCCUGAUGGACUCCAACUGUUCAAUGAGAACACGUUCCUACUCUACCCAGGGGUCCAGUUAUCAGAUGGGGGACGAUAUGGACCCAGACAGUCCAGAGUAAUUAAAACCCAGCCCCCCCCCCUCCCUUUUGCUCCGACACAUAACUCCCCAUGAGCCAUGUAUGUGCCCUUCUAGGUUCUAUUUUGUUGUAUUGCAGAAGGAGUGUGGGGAAACAGAGACUUUAUAAGAACCAAGUGGCUGAUUUUGUGAGAAAUGUCCCAGUGUUUGUCCGGCGCCGCUCUGUGACGUUAGCAUUCGUCUGUUCUGCUUAAACCAAAGCCGUUCUCAUUGUCCUUUAAACACAUCCAGCCGACAGCCUUACCUGUACACACACACUCACACACAGUCCUGGCACCGGCCUUCGGAAACAGGGUCUUAACCACUAAAGCCACAAACAGGGAUAAGCUACGACCAGAUCACCUUCAGAAAGUGGAGCUAUGUGAACUCCACAAGACCUCUGAAGGUGUACUAUUUACCUGGCACUAACGUGAGCAGCGCAUUCUUUGGAUCUCCUAAGUUAUGAGGUGGGCACCUUUGAGCAUCAGAACAUGACAGAUUUGUCAAAAUGGCUCAGAUUCAACUUCAAGAAUUGACUGCUCAUUCUCUGCCUAAUAUAUCCACCCUCAGCCACAAGCAGAUCGUCAGUAUUAUUUACUUCAUAUGUUAUCCUUUACUUUAUAGGCAAAUUAUUUACAGGGCCUAUUUUAUAAAUACACUGGCAUUCCAAAAGUCAUGGGACAACUGUGUGUGUAAACUCAUUAUAAAUUGGUACCUCAGGAGGUGGCUUGGGAGUGCCCACACAUUUUGUGAGGUGUUAUCUUGUGAGUGAGGUUGGUUAAACACUGAAUUAUGAGAUUGAGUGAGGCCUGGGUGCCAGAGGAUGGGACAUUCCAUUUGCAAAUUACAUGUCAUAAAAGGCAUUACCACCCUCAGUGGACAGCAUCAGGUGGGUAGUGAUCGUGACCAGUGUCUCAUCUCUCAUUAAAUGAGAGAUGACUCAUCCACAUUAAAUGCAGAAGCCCCCACACACAUAUUCCACUGGUCAGUGUUAUGUUAUUUAGUGUCCAUGGAAUAUGACACAAAACUAGUGUCAGCUUACAUUACAUUCAGUAUGUCAGUGUCAAUAAUAAUUAAACAUAUACAGUUUACAUUUCUGUGCCUUUUAAACUGACAUAUGUAAAUAACCUCUGUUCUGAUUGGCUGCCCUGUUUGUGCCUUGUUAAAAAAUGCAGUCCAGGCUGAAACACUGCUUAUAAUGUAUAACAUGGGUGGGAGGAGUUGGUCGCACAGGUUUGUGACCUCACAUAAGCAAUGCAUUCAUUUUCAAGUUUUUUUUAUGUAAAGAGUGUAACGAUAUGCAAAGGUUGAAACCUGUUGCAGUUUAUACUAGUAUAAUGCAUCUAGUGUUGUGUGAUAGAAUCACUUUAAAACAUUUAAAUCUGCUAUUCCAGCUAAGCACCUGAGAAAAGGCUGCCAGUUUGUCGUCCUUAAAUCCCUGAUUGUGGCUUUAAAAUCCGAACAUCAUGGGUACCUGUACUUCUGUAGCAUCACAGUGCACAGGGUUAUGUUUUGUAUAUCAACAUUUCUAGAAGACAUUAAGAUGACCUGGCUAAAGCGAACCAUUAGAUGUGAAGAAACAACUUUAGAAACCUCGAAAUUAGUUACAUUAUGUAAAUUAAGUGUUUACAUGUAAGUUUGUUUUCUUAAGACGGCUGAAAUGGAUCACAUUUUACCUUGAAAUGGCCUUAAAGUGUUUCCUUUCCAUAAUCAGAGGUGGCUGUCCUCUGACAGUAUGGUACCUUUUUUUUAAAACGUGAGUGGACGGUACGGCAGAGGGCCUUAAAAUGAAAAGCUCACACCUGGGAGCUUCUGCAGCUUCACCUGGUGGAUUGGUUAUAGUGCUGUCUGUUCAGGGUGAACGCCUCUGAUUUAGGAUGUUCACAUUGUGUUAAUGAGAAUGACACUUGCAGAUGUGUUUGAGCUGUUUGAAGAGAAUAUUCACUGAACAGAGUCGUUCCUCUUUAGAAAAAUUAUGGAAAACAUUGCUUAAAAGAUCACUAUGGAGCAUGCUGGGUGCAUUUUACAGAUACAUCAAACUGAUAUUCUAAGACUGGGUGAAAUUGUAAAAAAAAAAAUUCUCACUAUUCUUUAAAUAUAUAAGUUAUUCUUAAUUAUGAUUUUAGUAGUUAUUUGUAAACAGACAGUCUCAUGUAAAAUAUCUAAUAUUACAUUACAUUACUAAAAUAUCUAAAUUUACAAAAACAUAAGUCAGGGCCAUGGGCUUUUUGUCUUCAAAAAAUUAGUUUAUAUUUGUAAACAGACAGCAUUACUUAAAUGGAUGUGCAAGCUAUUGUUUCCUUGUACAUUUCUCGAUAAUCCCAUGUUGAAAAUUGCAUUAAAACAGUAAUGUAAUUAUUCCAAAUAAUUUAAUUAAUAUCCCAAAGAACACAAUUUAAAAUCCCAGGGCCAUGCGGCUCUACCUUCAGCAUCCGGAGCCUGAGAGAGCAUAGCUGGCACAACUGGCAAACUCUGGGGGGGUAUUGCAUUGCAAGUGAUGGGGGAGUCCUAGUGAGUGGGAGAGUUAAUUUUGUUUGUGAACAAUUACUGUUACUAAUAAAAUUUUAGCAUUUUGAUAUGUAAAAAUAACUCAGUAAAAUGUAACUCAGAUAAAUUGAAAUGUAAAUUAAAAUGUAUCAAGGUGAUAUAUCAACAUAAUAAAGAGAACAAUUAAUAGUUCAAAUAAAUCAUCAAACUAAAUCUAUUUUAGCAUAUAAUUGAUAUUUUAACCCCAAAAAUGGUUAUCAGUCCCUUAAAUCCAUCCCCACAAUGGUGACAAACCAUGUUCAUUUUUAAAAUACAGCUGUAAAGUAUCUUCCUACAAUACCUCAGCUUGUUAGAGUGUAUUUUUUUUUAUUUAGUAAGUGUAUAAAGCAUAUAUAUAUA